AUGGCUGGUGUAGAUGUAGAGCAUUACACUGUGAAGGAUCAGAGAUGUGGCCAGGAGGAGUAUCGUAACGUGAAGUUGGUCCUCAAACCUGACUUCACAGCUCAGCACGUGGAUUGCACGACUGGUUGCGCGGGUGGUUUUGGCACGACGAAGCAGGGAACGUAUACCGUUAACCAAGAGAAGGGCAUCGUCGUCGUAAAGUUCACAAAGAGUCAAUACGACCACAGCGACACCUCCAAGAACGAGGAGAAGGACAUCGACGAGUGUGAGGAGUACUCUCUCGAAACUCUGGGCAUCAAGUGA